UAGCGCAGCGAACUGUCCCCCCCCCGCAACACACACACUCUCUCCACACUCGCACACACGCGCGCAGAAGCUCCAGUGAUUCAACCCUGAUUUCCAAGCGAACGAGAGCGAGACGAGCGACAGACGGGAUGCCCAAAAAGUGAGGACCGGCGGCGGAGAGAGAGAGAGAAAGAAAGAGAGAGAGAGAGAGAGACAGACAGACAGAGGUUUGUUUUUUUUUACGCGCUGAAGAAGUGUCCGCUAAAGAGAGAGCCGGGAGAAGCAGACGCAACAACAACAAGACGAGAAGCUGCGCGCUCUCUCCCUGGCAACUUGCGCACAGUGGCAGAGUUUUUAGCGGCAGUAUUGUUCUGACUUCACUCCAGAGGGGCCACUCCGAGGAGAGCGGACGCACACAAAAGGGGGAAAAAGGCAAAAGGACUAAUCGAGCACGCUUUGUCGUCCAAAGUAAUGGUCGUGCGCUCUUAGAUCCCACAUUUCUCUGUCUCUAUAUUUCCUCCCAGCUUCUUUACAUAUAUAUUUAUAUAUAUAUAUAUAGUUUUUUUUUUUAUAUUAUUAUUAUUUUUUCGUCCCGUCCGUCGGUUUGUGUGUCCCCCCUCUUGCUUUGUCGCCGUGAGAGAGUGGAGACGCGCCGGGGGUUUGAGGAGCAGAAGCGGGGCUGUCCACAUGGUCCAACCACUGGCGUGAAAGUUGACUUCUUCAGAAAACAAGAGAACAGGUGCCAGUGAUGAUGGUGGAAUCAGCCUCUGAGACAAUUCGAACGACGCCGUCCAGCCAGAAUGGAGUCAGCAGCCUCAGCAGCCAAUCAGACGGAGGGGGAGGUAGAGAGGGCGGGUCUAACGGAGACACCAAUGGAGAGCUCAGUCCGGUCGACUUACUGCACCUGCAGCAACAGCAGGCGAUCCAGGCAGCCAGACAGUUCCUCCUGCAGCAGGCCUCUGGACUAAACUCCCCUGGCAGCAACGAGGUCAAACAGAGCCCUGUACAGGUGCCCGUGUCCAUGGCGAUGAUGAGUCCACAGAUGAUCACUCCUCAGCAGAUGCAACAGAUCCUGUCUCCUCCUCAGCUCCAGGCCCUUCUCCAACAACAGCAGGCUUUAAUGCUACAGCAGUUACAGGAGUAUUACAAGAAGCAGCAGGAGCAGUUGCAUCUCCAGCUUCUGACUCAGCAGCAGCAGCAGCAGCAGCAGCAGCAGCAGCAGCAGCAACAGCAGCAGCAGCAGCAGCAGCAACAGCAGCAACAGCAGGCCGGGAAGCAAGCAGCUAAAGAGCAGUUAGGCAGUAAGCAGUUGGCCUUCCAGCAGCAGCUGAUCCAGAUGCAGCAGCUCCAGCAGCAGCAUAUCCUCAACCUCCAGAGACAAGGCCUGGUCCCACUGCAGCCCACUGCCGCCAUGCAGUCUCUGCAGCAAGCUAUGUGUCCGUCAGACCUCCAGCAGCUGUGGAAGGAGGUGUCUGGUGUGCAGAGCAGCGAGGAGGCCCUGAAACAGGCCGAAGGCCUGGACCUGAGCACCAACAGCUCCAAUUCUACCUCAGCCUUCCCCAAAGCCGUCAGCACUCACAUCCCUCUACACAGCCUGUCCAACGGACAGAGCCACACUCCAAAGAGAGACAGAGCCAGACUGUUUGAGUGGAUAUCCUCCUUCACCAAGGCAGACAGCGGAGACGACCAUGUCCCCCUUUACUCCAAAGGCAACCAACCCCCCAGCCAUCAUGAGGAACACGCCAGCUCCCAUCCUCUCUACGGCCACGGAGAGUGUAAGUGGCCCGGCUGUGAAGCGUUGUGUGAGGACAUGGGACAGUUCAUCAAGCACUUGAACAAUGAGCACGCCCUGGAUGACCGCAGCACCGCUCAAUGCAGAGUCCAGAUGCAGGUGGUUCAACAGCUGGAGAUACAGCUGGCGAAAGAGAGCGAACGACUGCAGGCCAUGAUGACCCACCUGCACAUGCGCCCCUCAGAGCCAAAGCCUUUCAACCAACCUCUGAACCUGGCCUCCAGUGGCUCCCUGUUGAAGCGGGACAGCGAUGCCUACCCAGAGGGUCUACCCCACCCCCCCACUUCGGCUGCCACCCCCAUCACGCCACUGCGCCAGGGACCCUCGGUCAUCAGCUCCUCGAGCCUGCACUCACACUCCCACACGCACGGUGUCGGGCCCAUACGUCGGCGCAACUCCGACAAAUACUGCACCCCCAUCGCCUCAGAGCUGGCUCAGAACUGUGAGUUCUACAAGAACGCUGAUGUCAGGCCUCCCUUUACCUACGCCUCUCUCAUACGUCAUGCCAUUCUGGAGUCCCCGGAAAGACAGUUGACUCUCAAUGAAAUCUACAACUGGUUUACGCGGAAGUUCGCUUAUUUCAGGAGAAACACAGCCACGUGGAAGAAUGCUGUGCGCCACAACCUGAGUCUGCACAAGUGUUUUGUUCGUGUUGAGAACGUGAAGGGGGCCGUGUGGACUGUGGAUGAAGUUGAAUACCAAAAGAGGAGACCACCAAAGAUGACCGGAAGUCCCACUCUGGUGAAAAACAUGAUUUCAGGCCUGGGCUUUGGAUCCCUAAACGCCAGCUACCAGGCGGCUCUAGCAGAGAGCAGUCUGUCCCUGCUCAACAGUCCUCAGCUGAUGAGUCCUCCGUCUGCAGCCAGCCUCAACAUGCUGCACGUGGGCCACGACGAUGUCAGUUCCACCGUGGAGCAGGUCAACAGCAACGGCAGCUGCAGCCCCACACUCAGCCCUCAACAGUACAGCCACCCGGUGCAUGUGAAGGAGGAGCCCACUGAGUUGGAGGAGGACGGUCGACCAAUUUCUCUCCUGGCUGGAGUCACACACAACCUGCCGCUGCCAAGUGAUGAGCGCGACCUGGAGGAGGACCUUCCCACCGAGGAGCUGGAGUAGGACAGGUCCACGACGGACCAGAGGGACGGGACAGAGUGAGAUCCAUCCCCGCAUCCCUCUAGUCGGUGUGAAGAGGAAGAAAAAGUACGCUUAUGACAAAAGAGAGAAGAAAAAAGAGAAUGUUUUUUUUUGUUGUCGUUUUUAAGAAAAUGCAAGCAACCAAGGAUGACAUUGAGAAACUCCAAACAGGGUUAGAUGACCUCCGUUACUUUCAGACGCAAAAAGAAGACUGUGGAGCUGCUUUACCUCCAUGUGUUUUGUUAUCUCCCCCCUCCCCACUCCCCCAACGCUUGUUUCAGAGGUGUAACACCACUUAUUACAUACACACUCACACAAAUACGCACACAGACACACUCAAGCCGCGGUUCCUUUUCCUCGCUGGGAAGAGGCCUCUCUUCUCCUCGUCCCGCCUCACCGCUCUGCACAGACCCUCCUCACUGCUGGCUCUUUGAGUUUGUUACAAAGAAAAAAAGACACACACAGGUUCAUGUGUAUAUAGAUCUGGAAGCAGUCAUCAGGGGCUGUGCAGUAUACCUCUUCUCCCUCUGUGAGUCAAUCACUUUUCACUUAUGUUUUUGAUUUGGUUGAGAUGAAACUGUCGGGCUUCGAGAUAUAGGAAGGAAGGAAGGAAGGAAGCAAGGAAGGAAGCAAGGAAACGUGCUUUCAAAGAUUACCUCCAGCAGUGCUCCAACACCUCUGCACAUCAGGCUCCUGUCCCCAAAGUCUGUGCAUGAGCCCUCAGCGAGGCUGAUUCACCAGAGGCGGCGUGACCCGCGGUCUGUGCCAAAACUUCUGCCCCCAGCAAGACAUUUAAUGAUGGACAUCUUUGCUUCUACGUGAGGGAUAAAAAAAAAGACGUACUCCAACCCAACCACCCCCCAGGAAUAGGACAUUUGGUGCUGUCCUUCUCUUCUCCUCUGAUGGAGUGACGAGCUUGGAACAUUUAACGAACAAGAGGGAAAAGAGAGGAGGCGGCUGACACAAGAGGGAGGGAGCAUCUACAGAAAUAUUGUGACUAAAAAAAGAGAAAAUUGUUCACGAUUAUGGAAUAUAACAAGAAAAAAACGUGUGGUAGCUUUUGUCAUUUCCUUUUUAUUUUUUAUUUCACGUUACGUUGAUGAUGUUAUUAUGACUUUUUUUUUCUCGAGGAUCAAUAUUUCCACGGUGACGUUCCAUUUCGACGUACCUUUUCUAAGAAUGCUGUUUUUUUUGCUAUUGUUUAUUGUGAUUUCUUUGAUUUUCUCUGACUGUUCACACCAUUCCAUACGAGUAUUGGCAAGAAAAAGAAAGAAAGAAAAGAACGCGCAGUAUUGUCCGAACUUGUGAUAACCGACCCCUGACCCCUGACCCCUGACUCCUGCCCCUCUCCUUUUCUGUCCCAGGUGUAGCAGACAAGAAAUUUGGAAAUAGCACUUAAAAGUUUCCAUUAUCCAGACAGAUUAUUUAACAGCUGAAUAUUGUUUUUCUUUCUCAUUCACUUGUUUUUUCGGUUGUGUAUUUAGUUGAGGAAGUAUCAGUAAUGCUUUAAAAAUAUAUAUAUAUUAUUACUGCGGUCAGAGAAUACCUCAUCCCACAAAGGUUCUGCCUGGAACUGUGUCCAAAUUGCUAAAGAAAUAAGGGGGGAUUCUUUCUGUGGGACACCAAAUGUGGCAACUCUGCUCGGCUUCAGAUUCAAAGCUCUAUGGUUGUUAUAGUUACUGUGUAGAAGUUAUCUACCAUUCACUGUGUGAGUUUGUGUUCAAGGAAUAGCAUGUGAGAUUUUCUCUUCUUUUCUUUGUUUGUUUGUUUUCUGUGAGCAUAAAAAGCAUUACUUUACGCUACAGUGCCAUACCAAAUUUAACAUUUACUUUAAUCUGUUUAAUCUGCUUGUUCCCGUUUUUAUUUUUGUUACAGGUAACCAAAGAAAUACGUAGAAAACCAAAAACCCUGUAGUUUAUUUUGCCCUUGUUGAGUUUCUUUUUUUUUGUUUCUUUCUUCUUCUUCUUUUUCUUAAAGAACCGGCCAAAAGACAACAAACCAGGAGUUUGAAUUCCUAUUAUUGUAUUCUCAUAACUAUUGUGUUGAAAUGAUACAUGACUUACAGUGCUGACCAUUCCAAAAACCAAAGUGUGCAAAGCAAACUAGACUUUGGAGACAUUAAAGCUUUUACAGAAGUGUUUAUGAAUAACUCACAUUUAGGUAAAGAGGCCAAAAAGCGUAGUAUUAACACACACCACAGUCGCACAGUUCCUCUGAAGACAAACAAAAGCACUUAGAAGUUAAAACUCUCAGGCUAAACUUUGUUCUAAACAAUCUUAGGAUUGACCUAAAAAUAAGCAAAAUCUGCACCUUUCAAGUUCAAGAUUUUAAACAGCAUUUGGCUUAAGGAGCAAUUGUUUUUUUUUUUAAAUGGAGCAAAAAACAUGCCCUGAUAAAACUGUAUGUCAUAUUUAAAACAGGGACUAAUAAUGAAGAUUCCAUUAAAGAGGGAACAAUUGAAAUCAGUGAAAAUAUACCAAUGUAAGAGGAAGACGACCAAGGGACGUCAUGUUAGUCAAAGUUGGGUUCAUAUUUUCAUACUUUUUUCAAACUGUCUCUUGCACUUGUGACAAUUUCUUUCUUAUUUAAUGAAAAACAAAAAAAGAAUGACCUUUCUGAUGACUUUGUGUUCAAACAGGACUGUUUCCUGUCACAUUAGACACUGAUUUCUAACAAAAGUACAAAGUGGCAGACAUCAAGACAUCUUGAAACAAGAUAAAAAAACAAAAAGAACCAAAAAUAACACUACCUCCUUUUUCGAAACAGUUCAACACAUAGCCAAUGGGAGACUGAACUCUCUGAAACACCUUUUUUUUUUUCAUCCAUUCUUCCUUGAUGAUGAUAAUAAUAAUAAUGAUAAUGAUAAUGAAUGCCAAAAUUGUGUUACGCUUACUGUAUGACUGACAAACAGAGCUAUUUGGUGGAUCCGGACCCCGACACAUCUGCUUGAGCCCAAAACCACAGAGAUGUUUCACUUUUCAUGGAAUUUAAAAAUGACUACCUCUCCUCAAGCCACAUCUAAAGCACUCUCUAUGUCUCAAAGUGUGUUGUGAAGAGCUCGCUACAAUAUCAUAUAAACGUUUUCUGUCCGCCGAUGAGGGAACGAUGGCCGCUAAUGGUUACGCAUAGAAGCAGGGCUAUGGGUUAGUGCAAAACACAGGCUCUGACCAUCCAGAUAUCCAAAGACCACCACAAA